AUGGAUGCAGCUCAGAAGUCAAAGUUGCGACGCGCGCAACACGCAAGCAAAUCAAAGACAAGUCAGAAAAGUUCCCGCCCACGCGGAAGGCCACCACGCAAUACCUUCUGCGACGAUGAUGUCGAGGCUAUACACUACCUACAGGGCAACAUUCAAAGCCUGGACGACAAGAUUCGGGAUCUCAACCAAUUAGUUCUAAGCGAGCUUGCUAUUCGACGAAAGCUGAACCAGGCUGAAGAUGCGGCUUCAUCUAGCCGGGCAAUGAUAACACCUGCACCUUCACCAGAAACCGAAUCCGAUUCCACCGAGGACGAGCCAGAGAAAGACUUUUCAAAACUGGAUCCUAUAGUAAUAACGGAUUCAUCCCUCAGGACUGCCGACGUCCCAAUCAAAGCAGCACUGGUAGAAAAGUUUGUAGACUCCUACGGCCCACCCAAGGAAUCUGACUCCGAGUCGAAAUUCUGGAUACACGAAGGCAGGCCAUGGGUACUCUGGCGUGUCGGUGCGGAGCAAUGCGCCUCCUCUGAGCUGCUGCAGUCUGCAUACCUUGCGGUGUCUGCAGCCUACGCGGGACUCAUUUACCAGGACAAACGUUUGAUACGGGCCGGCGCGCAGAGCUAUGCAUAUGUCUUGCGAUCGCUCCAGAAAGCUCUGAAUUAUCCAGAAGCUGGAAAAUCCGAUGCAGUUCUGAUGACGGUUGGCUUGUGUAUGAACUAUGAGGGUCGUCUGUCACGCGACGCCAAGGCUGGCUACACGGUACAUGUGGCAGGAGUUUUGAGGCUAUUCGAGUACCGUGGCCCCGAGCUCCAUAGAUCCGGGUUAGCACAUUACUUCUUCGUCGAUGCUCGUCUUUACUGCACUUGGUGUGCGAUACGAGCUAGGCGACCAACAUUCCUCGCAAAGAAAGAAUGGAAGACGGUACCAUGGACCCUUGGUACUACAAGCAAAGACAUGAUGCAAUAUCUCUUUGAUGAUAUGCUCGAAAUCCCCAACAUGCUCUGGUACGUAGACCAGUGCAGAGGACUCAAAGAAAAAUCGACAAAGGUGGAAUUAUAUGACAAGGCUUGCAGCAUUGCCGCCAAAGUAAAAGCAGGUCUGGAGCGAUGGAAGAGCACGUGGUUGGACCCCGUCAUCUGGCGCAAGCCUCACGAGAAAAACCUUCGACAAAUGGACCCAACCCUGCCAGUAUUCAGGUACCCGAACCCAGAAAAUCCCGACGAGAUCUUGGAACCCCCAGACAUGGUCUACCCAAACGGCGCGCUCCUCGCAGCCGUGAUGAAUUAUCACGCAGCCCUCUUGAUCGUCAACGACGCUAUCCGCGAGCUAGAAGGGCGCACAGAAGAUGCCGCAUCAGUUGCCUCGGCGCACGAAAUUUGCCGGUCCAUGAAUUAUUUCCUGGUCAAUCUACCAGCCAGCAUGUUGGGUCGCGUAGCCCAAGCAUGUGUGGUGGCAUAUGACUUGUACCCCGAGGGAGGUAUUGAGCGCGACUAUAUGGCAAAGGCCUACGAUGCCCUUGUCGGUGGCACUUGGCGCCGUUUUGAAGACUUUCUUGAUGAGUUUUCGAUCUUGCGAAGACAUGGAUAA